UUCUAAGGCAAAUCUGUUCAGGUUUCCUUCCCUGUCUGCGAGAAAAAGAAAGAGGAAGAGAAAGAGAUCUCCAUAGCCUCACUUCAAUAAUCCUCACAAAACAAUCCUCGUAUCUUUGUUUUGUGAGGGUGUGAGGAGAGAAAUCUCUUUUCUUUUUCUUUUCUUUUCUUUUCUUUAUCGUUUCUAUUCUCUCUGUCAUUUUGAAAGAGCAGAGAGAAACAUAUAUAUUUAUCAAUUUCUUGUUUCCAAAGGAUAAAGAACCCAAGGAAGGAAGUGAUCUUUCCAACUCUUCCUCUCUAAACACAGAGGAGGUGCUUGGAGUCUGAAAGGAAAAAAUGGAUGAGAUAUGUGACAAGAAAGGGCAUCCAGUGCCACCCCCAUUACCUGGUCCGGCGACCACCAGCAGCUACCAUCGAAGGCAAUUAACGAUGGAUGGCAAAACAUUAAGAGGACAUAGCAGUGUCUCUACCAGAACCAAGGACAUGUGGGAACGCUUGUUUGAUGAAGGCUAUAGAGCAGAUGUUACAAUUAAUACCGACAAGGGUGGCUCCAUCUAUGCGCAUGCCAAUAUUCUUGGCAUGGCUUCUCCUGUCAUAAAAGGCCUGUUAAAGCAAGCAAAAAGCCGAACUCGACAACGAUCAAUCUCAAUUCGGGGCGUUCCUCAUGACGCUGUUCGAGUUUUUAUUCGAUUCUUAUACUCUUCUUGUUACGAGAAAGAAGAAAUGGAGGAAUUUGUGUUACACUUGUUGGUGCUCUCGCAUGUUUUUGUGGUUCCAGAGUUGAAGAAGAUAUGCGCGCACAAGUUAGAGCAAAGUUUUCUUACAACCGAAAACGUAGUUGACAUCUUUCAGCUUGCGUUACUGUGCGAUGCUCCUAGGCUUAGCCUCAUUUGUCACCGCAUGAUUGUGAGCAACUUCCAGGAAAUUUCCACCACAGAAGGGUGGAAAGCGAUGCAGCAGAGCCACCCUGUGCUCGAAAAGGAACUUCUUGAUUCCAUGGUUGAUGUAGAAAAUAGGCAAAAGGAGAGAAUUAGGAAACUAAAUGAGAGGAAGAUCUAUUUGCAAUUAUACGAGGCAAUGGAGGCUCUUGUUCAUAUAUGCAGAGACGGUUGCAGGACAAUUGGACCACAUGAUAAAGAUUUCAGAGGGACUCAGGCACCUUGCCCUUAUUCAGCAUGCAAGGGACUGGAAUUGCUGGUGCGCCAUUUCGCAGGUUGCAAGUUGAGAAUACCUGGAGGUUGCAUUCAUUGCAAGAGAAUGUGGCAGCUAUUAGAGCUACACUCUCGUCUCUGCGCUGAUUUCAACGUAUGCAGAGUUCCUCUGUGCAGGAAUUUCAAGUCGAGGAUUAAGAGCCAAAGCAAGAAGGAUGAGGUUAAGUGGCGAAUCCUAGUGAAAAAGAUUCUUAGAACAAAGAGAAUUGGAGGUUCACCAUUCUUUUCAUCAGCAAUUUCAUGCUCUUCUUGAUAUAAGGAAGAAAAAAAAAAUUGUUCUUCCAGGUGUAAAUUGGUUUUAGAAAGUAGGGACAAUGCAAUCCAGAAAAUUGUUACUUGUUUCUGCCUGGUGGAAAAUGAUCAGAGAAUCCUCUUCCUUGUCAACAUCUUGAUUCUAUGUAUAUUCAUCCAAGCUAUGAAAUAUGAAGUGUUAUGUUGUCAAGGAAAUCAUACAAAAGUGGUCCAAAUGAUCAUUUUCAUCCUUCUUUUUAACUAUAAUUUGUAUUAUAAAAAUCUUCAAAUUUCAAUUUCAAUAUCAUUAAAAUUCUUGCUC